AUGGUGUGCAAGAAAUGUGAAGCGAAGCUCAAGAAGGUGAUCUGUCCCGACACAUGGAAGGAGGGUUCACGAAACACGACCGAGCCUGGCGGCGGCGGCAGGAAGGUAGGAGAGAACAAACUGCUGAGCAGCAAGGCGCGCUACAACCCCUACGCCAAGAAGUGCAAGGUGUGCAAGAUGAAUCUGCACCAGGAGGGCCUCUACUGCCAAGGCUGCGCCUACAAGAAGGGCAUCUGUGCCAUGUGCGGCAAGAAGAUCCUCGAGAACGUCGGCCAGUACAAGCAGAGCUCCAAGUGA